AUGUAUAGUCGUAUAGUGCCAAUGGUGGACGGUGGUAUUGGAUUUUCAAAAUGGCGUUUGUUGAUAGAGUGGAUUCAAGGGGUGACGGAGGGAAUUUAAUAAAUUUAGAAAAUGAUGGCGAUGUUGCAAUGGAAACUGACGAAGAAUGUAGCAGCAACCAUGGUGAAAAAGAAGGAAACAAUUCCAUGCAAGAAGAAGCAGAAGAAGGAGAACUUAUUGAUCAGGAUGAAGGGUUAGAAGAGCCUGUUUUUAAUGAAACAAGGCCUUUGGAAAGACCAAAAUUUCCUCUUACAGCCCCUGGAACUCCUUCUAUUAAGGGGAACUUUGCGCCGGCUGGAAUUGAAAAGAGGUUUGGGAACCGGGCUGGCGGUUUCGUAACUGGGGUCGACAUAUUCAGUCCAGAAGAGCAGGAGAAACUUACCAAGCGAGCACAACGAUUUGGCUUGGAUCCCAACGAAGCGAAGCCUUUAACGCACAAGAAAUUGAAACAAUUGUACAAAAGCAUGGGUGUGAGAGAAGGAGAUGAAAAUAUCCGAUUCGACACACUGCACAUGAAAGGCACGGAGGAGAUGAACAGUCAGGAUGUGUUCAACUAUUUCAAAGACUAUGCACCUGCCUCAAUCGAGUGGCUGUCCACUUCUUCAUGUAACGUAAUGUGGCUGGAUGAGAUAUCAGCGGCACGAGCUCUUCUUGGUCUAUCGAAGAGAAUAAGGAACUUGGAGAGUGGUCUUCCAAAAACGAUAAGUAGAAGUAAUGAUAGUGACAGCGACGAAGCUAUGGAAGAGUCCAUUCAGAAGAGAAACGGAGGUGAUGUUGCGUCUGAGGAUUCGGAUGGCGGAGUUUCGAUAAGCGAGGUGGUGGUGGGCACCGAAAUACCGCCGGGUCUGUGGCGAAAAGGUGCCUCUCAUCCGUUGGCUGAAUGCAUUCUGCUGAGAUUCGCCACCAGGCAAGACAGACGAGUCAACAACGCCUCCCGGUUCAACAGUCACGAGUUUGCUGGUUAUGUGGGUCUGAUAAGUGAAUCGAGGAAACGAAAACUGCAGGAGUCGAUUGGAGGAGGCGUGGUGUUUUAUGAUACGGGUGACGAGGUGUACCAAAAACAGGCGUCCGGCGAUCCAUCCAAUCCGUGGGCUUCCAUCGCAUACAGCUGGGGUGCUUUCGACCGAAACAAAAACAAAAGGCUAGGCCAAGACAGUCCGCCGAAACGACCAACACCCCCUCCAUCGCCUGUGCUGAUGACGUCACGGCAUCCGAUGAGGAGGAGGGGUGCGGGGGACGACUCGGGGGGUGGCUCGGAUGAGGACACAAGAGGAGGAGGGAGGGGCGGCAAGAUGCCGCGCAUGAGGAUGCACGCCGACGACCUGGAGGAGAGGCUCAAGGCUAGGAGUCUGGAGAAGAGACGACACAAAUUGGAGCGACACGGAUCAUUAUCGGACCUAAGAAAAAGACUGAGGAAAGAAGCAAGUAUGCUGAUAGUGAAACGUGAGUGCAGUGAGAGUCCCGAGGAUGAGGAGGAAGAGGAGGAAGAAGAGGAACUACCUGAUCUGAGGGUAGCGGUGGCAGCGUCCCCGCCGCGGAGCCGUAGCGCCUCGCCUGAGGACCGCAAAGAGGACAUUGUGCUGAAGCCAGUGAAGUCAGUGCUAAGGGGUGCUCGCGGCCACGUCAGUGACGAAGAGGAAUCGCCUCGUGGUGACAGGAAACGAGGAGGGCGUGGCCAGGUGAGUGACGAAGAGGAGACGCGAGGCGACAGAAAGCAUCGCAGUCGCUCGAAAGAGAGACACCAUCGGCGACAUCGUAAGCAUAAGGAGACGACGCAGAGACGCGGCGACCGAUCCAAAGAGCGUACCAGUCGGACGUCGCCUGAUUACGACAGCGAUGAGGUUUGCGCGCAACCUAACGCAAAAGACCUGCGCGCCAAGAUUAAGAAGCGAUCGUCGCACGACAGAGAGCGACAGUCGCGCGACAAAGAGCGACACUCGCGCGACAUAGAUCACAAACGCGGCGACAGAGAGUCGCGCGACAGAAAUCAUCGGUCGCGCGACAGACGGAGUCCUUUCCGGCCCAAAUCGCCGCUCCGUAUAGAAAUCGACAACGAUGAAUACUAUAGACUGAUUGAAAGCGAUUAGAUUUUUCUACUCAGGUUUCUAGCGUGGACUUAAGGAUCCCCAUAGUGUCAGUCAGUGGAAGCAUAGAGAAGGCAUAGAUGGCACAAGAAGAUAUCUCAUGGUAUAGGGUGUUUAUGCUCCAAUUUUCAAUGUUAACUCAAGCCUACUCAGUCCUAGUAGUGAAGCUAUGUGACGCUGCUAGUCUCUCAUAAAAUAGAAUAUAGUGUGGUCCACGUUAUAAUGGCAGUGAAUAAAGAUAGAAGAAUAGCGAUGCCGAUUCUCUGCAUUAACUAUUUAUAUUUCUACACUGUCAUUUCUUUGUACACGGACAGUAUUCUUUUAGCAAAAAUCGGCUUGAAAUUUGGAAUAAAAACGACCUAUACAAUGGAAUAUCUUUUUAUAGUAUAUUUUCCCCAUUAUAUUAAAUGCGUUUAACCAUAGAGAAAUUAUAGCGCAAGAAAAUAUCCCAUGGUAUAGGGUGUUUAUGUUAUUAUUAUCUUAAUGGAUAUUGUAUCACUGUACCUAUCAAUGUUGAUUAUGAUUGUGACGAAGCCUAUUGCAAUUUGAUUGUUUAAUGGCAAAUAAAUUAGUCUUAUUCUUAUUCUAUGUUAACUCAAGCCGAUCGUCCUAGAAAUGAAGCUAUGUGACGCUGGUAGUCUCUCAUACUGUAGCUACCUUUCUCAUACUCUCACCCCAACAAAACAGUUAUAAUAGACUGUAAUGGACAGUAUUCUGUUAACAAGAAUCAGCUUCAAAUUUGGAACAAAAACGACCUAUACAAUGCGAUAUCUUCUUAUGCUAUAUUUUCUCUUUAUUGAAAGUAAACCGCUCAGAGAGAAUAUAAAUUCCAUGUGUUCCGAUUCCUUAAUAUUUAACAAGUAAGAUAUGUCCUACCGUUUAUUAUUAUCAUUAUUCAGUUAUCAAUGUUAAUAUGAUGAUAAUUUGACAUCUUGUGAGACCGGACUCCUAAUACGAAAUUUUCGUAUCUGUUAAGUGUAAUACUCGACUUGAACGUAAUUACUUGCACAAGUAUAAACGUAUCUGUUAAGUGUAAUACUCGACUUGAACGUAAUUACUUGCACAAGUAUAAACGUAUCUUGAAGUGUAAUACUCGACUUGAACGUAAUUACUUGCACAAGUAUAAACGUAUCUGUUAAGUGUAAUACUCGACUUGAACGUAAUUACUUGCACAAGUAUAAACGUAUCUUGAAGUGUAAUACUCGACUUGAACGUAACUACUUGCACAGGUAUUAACGUAUCUUAAAGUUGAAAAGAGUCCAUCAAUGAAAGAAGUUGAAAAGUUUCAAGUCUAUGAAUGCGGUCAGUCUUGGGAAUCCAUGUUUAUUCAAUUAUUUGAACCAAAUUGAAACGCUAAAUUAACCCAGUUUACAUGUCCCACUUUCGUUUAUUUAAUAGUUUGAGGUCCAGUUGCACAAAAGCCGGUUAGAUUUUAACCGUGAUUAAUUUCACGAGAACCAAUCAGAGAAGGCCUUUUUGAUAAGACGGCUUCUCUGAUUGGUUCUCGUGGAAUUAAUCACGGUUAAAAUUUAACCGACUGUUGUGCAACCAGGAUAGAUUGAACUGAUCCAGGAAUGUUCAUUGUUGGCAUUUUUAUGUGGAAUGAAUUUAGAAAAUAUCAAGUAUAUUUUUUCUAAAUUAUUAUGAAGCAUUAUUAUGAAGUCAACAUUUUUGGAUUACCAUCACGAAGAUGAAUGUGUCUUUUAAGUUAAAGAUUUAUGCCCGGUCGCACAAAAGCCUGUUAAAUUUUAACCAUGAUUAAGUGUCACGAGGACCAAUCAGAGAAAUCUUUUUUGAAAAGAAGGCUUCUAUAAUGAAUUAUUGGUUCUGGUGGCAUCUAAUCACGGUUAAAAUUUAACGGGCUUUUGUGCACCCGGCUGAAAUCUUUUACUACUUAAAAGACACACACAUUUACGACGAGGCCUUCAUGUUGUAAAUCAUCCUCGAGAUGGAUCCAAAAUAUUUAUUUAUUUUACAUUUAACAAUACACACAUAAAAUACAUGAUUGGAAAAGGAUCAACAGGAAUAAAAGGAUAUUGGCGAAUUCAUAAUAAUAAUUUUAAAAUUACGCUUUUAAUCGAUGAUUGAAUGUAUUUCAAAUGAAUAUUAUUGAUAUUAUUAUAUGUGACAAGAGUAAAAAUCUAAAUAUUA